GUGUUGAACUUGAAAUCUGAGAGUUCUACGAAUUGGAAUAAAAAUAAAUAAAUUUCAUCAUUACUGAGCGUUUACAAUUUGUCUUUUAACUAUUGAAAUUGAUAAAAGUUUAAAGUGUUGCAUAAUAAAGUGAAGUUAGAAAUCCUAUGGCCUCUUCCAAGUUUUAUGAAAGAAAUCACAAAAAGUUUUCUACAAAAAUAAAAGCAAUUCUUUUUGAUCUUGAUAAUACUUUGAUCACAACAAGAAAAGCUGAUGUUAAAGCAUGUAAAAAGUUAGCAGAAUUGCUUCAUGAGAAACAUGGGAUGGGAGAAGAAGAAGCGGAUUACACCACGACGAAUUAUUUGAAAGCUUUUCGUAAAUGUCCUGACAAUCCAUCAAUGUCUCUUGAACAAUGGCGAACGGAUUUAUGGCAGAAGGCGCUCCCUGAACAAUUUCGGCAUCUCACGUACGAGGUCUACGAACAAUGGUUGAAGCUUCGUUACCAUUACUUGGAACUUCCUAAUGAGCUCGUUCAAAUGCUGAAGCAAUUGCGAAAAAAUUACUUAUUGGCAAUCAUCACCAAUGGGCCGAGUAAUGCGCAAUGGGAGAAGAUUCAUAAAUUGGGACUCAACAUGGGUAAAAGUUCGCUUUUUGAUUGCAUUCUGGUAUCGGCUGAUCUCGCAUGGGAAAAACCAGAUCCACGAAUUUUCUUAGCAGCUUGCAAUUAUUUGGGCGUCACCCCAAAUGAUUGCAUUAUGGUUGGAGACAAAAUUGAAACUGAUAUUAAGGGCGCUUCUGAAGCUGGUUUAAUGGCGAGCGUGUGGCUUCCUUUGAACUAUCCCGACCCUGUGGAUGUUAGUCAACGAACAAUUUAUCCUGAUAUUACGAUCAGUAACAUAUAUGAAUUGAAGUCAUUGUUGAUUGUUGACGAUGUCACGCCCACACAUGCAACUACUCAAGGGCCAUCAACGAGCGGAAAUUCGAGAUCAUUGAAACUAAAAGCAUGUCGUUCGACUGGAGUGGGUAAUGGUGCAUCACCAUCAUCAUCUACGCUUUCGAGUUGCACUGGCACCGGAUGUUUUUCAUCAUCCAAGGGUAAAGUAAAUGCUUCAAAUACUGCACCAUAUCCAAAACGAUUCUUACCACCGCCUGACUUGGAUAAUAACAAUAGCAACGCAUCCGAUGGAAGUUGAUUGGAUAGUCGUUUAAAAAUCUUAAAGAUGCUGACAAAAAACCUUCGUUUCAUCAUAUACGAAGGAAUUCUGCAAGCUUCUUAAAAACUAUACUGACACAUUUGUAGGUGGGUGGAAAAAUAGAAAUUAGUGUUGGCGGGAAAAAAUAUUUUAAAAAUUUGUGAAUGAAAGAGACAAAGAGCAAAAUGGUAGCAGAAAUAAGUUGACUUAGGUACUUGAUAUCUAAUAAAAUUUCAUGGUCAGUAAUAAACAAAAUAAUAAAGUCAAAAAAGUUGAUAAAAUUAAAAAAUUCAUAUGAAUCCUUGAAAAGUAAUUUGGUGGUGCUAUAAAAGCUAUUAUGGCAACUGAUAAUUCGAUUUCCUUGAAGUUUCUGGAAAACUUCUUAAAUUUGUAGCAUUAACAACUCAAUGAAAUAUUAAUGACUUCUUAGGAAACAAAUGUAUGUAAUAAAUCACCAUAAAGUUGGUUUUUAGGUUGUGCUUAGCAAGUAAACAGAAAAUGAACAAACAAAAUUGUUUAAGUGAAAGUAAUUACAUCAGAAUAUGAAAGAAAUGAAACGUUUGUCUUCAAUAAUUUUCCUUCAUUUUAUAUCAAUUCACGGUAUAAAUUUUCCACAAUCUUCUAAAGAUUUCCUUCACCUAGAAAAUUUUCUAUUAAAUUUAAUUCAAAUUUAUUGUGACGUGUACUUUUAUUAUUAUUUACGAUCGAACGCGCAAAAUUUAGUCUGUUUCAAUAUUUUCACGAAGUUUUGCUUUGAAGGAGAAAAAUAAAUAAGAAAACAUAAUUCUGACGAAAACAUUUAUUUUGUUUCAAAAUUUCAUUAAAAAAAUUCAUGAAAAGCCUGAAAAGUAAACAUUGCGAACGCACUUAACAUACACCCACGACUUGUCUACACAUACGAGCUUAUCAUACGUCUUUUCGUUCAGCCUUUCUUGACUCCUUCACUUUCCGCUUUGUCAAGAUCCAUUAAUAUCAAAUAAAAUGUAAUAAUGAUAAAUGCUGAAAGCAUGAUAUGUAAGUAGCGCACAUUAUCAUUAAAGCCAAAAGGCACAUUUGCUCUCUACUAGCAAAUGCUAGCAGUUACAACAAGAAAGUUAAACAUGAAAACCAUUUUAUCCCAUUUGUAAAUAUUUAAUUGUGAUAUUCUCUGAUUCAGCUUGAGAGUUUUCCUUAGCUUUUUGUCUACAUACAUAAUUUAAGCACUCUUUGGUUGUAUCAGUUUCUUUGGCUUUUAACCUGAUUUUUAUCGGUUUAUCUGCUGAAGAUUCAUUUCAAAGUUAUAACUUGAGUCACUGACAAUUCUUUCAUGUAUGUACCGAACAAAGCGUUUGCAAUUUUGAAGCAAUUUUCUUUCAUUUAUUUCCACAAUUUCCUUUUAAUCUUUUGUCAUUUUAUUAAAAUUCUUCCAUUUUUAACGUUGCUAGUGUAUUAUUAUCAUACUUAAUACGAACUGCCCUUCAUAAUAAUUCUAGCCUUCUUUUCAUUCUCUCUCCGCCAAUCGACAUCAAAUUUUCAUACAUUUAAUAUCAUAAUUCUCAUUCAAGUUUCAUUAAAAAUGAACUCAAUGAAUGAAAUUUGCAGUUGUCGGGAUAGAGAUUUGAAAAACUUUUAUACCUUUUUCCUUUGAAAACAGAUGCGGAUAAAGAAACUUUACAAUUGAAAAAAAAUCGUUAAAGAGUUUCAUAAAAAAAUCUCCAGUAGAAAUUUAAAUUAAUCAACUUUAUGGGAAACUGCACUGAAGUGAUAAGAAUGAGAGAAAAAACAAAUAAAAUUUGCUUCCCUUCACAUCGUUCUGAAAUAUUUAAAUUUUUUAAGAGUAGAAAAAAAUUUAAAAUAAAUAACAAUGUUGAAGGAAAGCAAAAUUAAAUUACUUUAAUUAUUUAAAUUCCCAUGCAGCAAUUUCAAUUAAAAACACGACACAAAAAAGUUUGAAAGGUAAUAAGAGGAAAAUGUUGGAAAAUAUUUCAUUGUCAGUACAACUUAUGGAAAAAGCAUUUGAAUGACAAGCUGACAAGAUUGGUCAAGAAUGUAAUUGGAUUGAAAACUUCACAUUUCAAAAAAGGAUUGAAGAAAAAUGUUUGUGAAAAUUACCAUAUGAUAGAUAACUCAUUCAGAUUAGUUCUAUUAACAAUAAUAGAGUAAUUUUUCAAAGUUUUAAUUGAGUUAGCAUUUUAUCCCUAAGCAUAACAACACCUGAAUUAAAGUUAGCUUUUAAAGAAAACAAAGACAAAAUUGAUAAAACUUAAUUAACUUUUAAUUAAUGAGUGACAAUUUCAGCACAACAAUAAAAAAAGUUUUUUGUAAGAUUUCUUCUUCACCCACCAUUUGUUUUGUUUUUUCGUACGAGACAUACCUAACCCAGGUCGUACAUGUCAUUGCUCCCUUAGCAAUAUUUCUAGAAAAUAUUUUGUGACCGAAUAAUCUGUAAGACUCUUGUAACAAAUAUUAUUAAUGGAUGGAAGCAUGUGUUGUGAUGUGCGUGGGUGUCAGAUAUUUUCCUGAAGACUUCCAAUUUAAAGCAUUAUGUAUAACGGAUGUUUGUCAUAAAUCAAAAAGAUAACUUUCAAGAGGGUUUUGGAAUAGAAAGUUCUUUGGUUGAACAAAGAAGUAUCUGAGGGUAAUGUUUAAAUAAUUAAGUUAUGUAGUUGGCUAAUUAAUUAAGCUUUGAUAAGUGACUUGCUGAAAGAAUUUGGACAUUUAUUUUCUAUGAUUAUUAUCUUAGACAAUAAAGGAAAGGCAAUAACCAGAAGAUUGAAAUAUUUUCUUCAUAGAAGUCGCUCUCUGUUACCAUUUAAACUUUAAAUUAUAAUUAAUAGAACAUGACUUAAUGAUAAAACUUUUAAAUAAACGAGGAGAUGAAAAUAUUCUAUUUUUCCACCAUAAAGAGAAAAUUCUGUAAAAAUAUUUUUGAUGAAAAAUUGAUGAAUAAAGUUUCUAAUGCACUUUCGCCAGAAAGUUAAAUGGACGAAGUAAACAAGUUGAGACUUUUAUUGAAUGAAAAUCUUGGAUGUCAAAAAAUUUUAA